UGGAAACACAAGAAGAAGCGUCUGGUCCAGAGUCCGAACUCCUGUUUCAUGGAUGUGAAGUGUCCAAGUUGCUAUAAAAUCACCACUGUAUUCAGCUAUGCUCAGACUGUAGUUCUGUGUAUUUCCUGCUCAACUGUGCUGUGCCAGCCCACUGGAGGAACGGCAAGGCUUACAGAAGGAUGCUCCUUCAGACGAAAGCAGCACUAAACGAAAGUGUGUCUGAGAUGGGUGGGACUACCUGCGCAGUUGGCUGCACAGACAAAUACAGAUGGUUCAAGAGCAUGGGAUUCAGCCACAGAGCAACAUUAAGUGUCAAGAUGUGAACAGAAGGCUUUAAAGACGUCUCUAGAAUGUGAGGGGAGAACAUGACUUUCAUACUGUCCCUGUAGCCUCACCCAUCUGACUGUCAAUAAAUUUUGGAUAAAAUACAAAAAAAAAAA